UUGAAGAAUGCUUCCCAGAAGUUCGACACUACUUCCACUUGACCACUUCUGUGGGGACUGCACUUUCUUUUUUCAGGUGCAAUGAAGACCACAGAAAUAAAAGUAGGAGUACCUAUGUCUAACAUACCACUAUUACCAUAUCACCAUCAAGUAAACAUGCUGUAGUGUGAAGUCAGUGGUGCUAGCUCUAACAACAAGGAAUCACCUUAGAACCCUUCUGUUUACAAUUCUCUAACUCAAAACAGGAAAGGUGAAAAGAACACUUGUGGGUUUACCCUGUUACAUGUGCUAACAUUUAAAUUCCCACAACCCAUAUAAAUACUGUAAUCCCUGUUUCACAGCUGCAAAUUGAGUAACAAGAAAUAAUCCAAACCAAGUUAGCAAAUGAGGAACCUAAGAAAAUGACUUUUGAAUGCACUCCUUUGCAUACAAUCUCUCCUGUGAACUUGGUCCACUGAGAAGUAGUCCUGAGACCCUUGAAGAAAUUGAGAAGAAUGUUCUUUGUAGCAAGCUAGUGGACAGUCUAGAACUCUGGUAGUUGCCUCAAUACAACACCAUUAGAGCCUUCAGGGAGAAGCAGAAUUGAGAGGUCACACAAUUCAUGGCGACACUUGAAUUCUCAACCUGAAACUCACCCCUAGUUUUUAUUUUCUUUGUUCUUGUCACUGCAUCUCAUACUAGCUGAAUUUCUGAGAUUCAGUAUGUCUUCUUGUCCUCUGAAAACACAAUGGGUCAGCCUGAAGAAAGUAACAGACAGACCCGAGGACAGAAAAUGAAAUCUGUUCCCACAACUACACAAAGUGUUUGAAGUAAAAACUACAUUGAACUUGGGAAUUACGUAAGGGUGGGAAACAGUGGUACAUAUUAGAUAUGUGAGAGACCAGGGCUGGAAAGGCACAAAGCUCUCUUCAUAUUGCUCAACUUCUCUUUAGCUGUCCUUGAAUGCCAAGCCUCACUGUGACCUUAAGAGAAGUGGGGUCUAGUUGCCUAAAACUUCUAUGGAGAAAGGAAGACUUAAAGACCAAGUAGACAGUGAAUUAAGAUUUAGUUUGCUGGGCUGGUCAUGGUGUGCACAGUUUUAAUCCCAGCACAGAGGCAGGCAGAUCUCUUGAAUUUGCCGCCAGUUGGUCUACAUGGACAGAGAGUUCCAGGCCAGCUACAUAGUGAGAACCUAUCUCAGAUAAAUAAUUAUUAUUUUUUUAAUUUGUCAAGAGGACAUUUCUAAUAAAGGAUUGAAGACAAAAUAGUGGUGGUGAAUGAGGUAACCCAAUGAGGAGAUGAAAACAGGACCUUUGUGUUUUCUGAAUGGGAUGUGUUAACAAGAUUAGAAUGUGACUAGUAUUAGAAUAUCAGUGUGGUUUAUACCGACAACAUCCAAAUGAUAGAAAUAUAACGCUUGCGGAUGAUUCAGUAGGUAAAAGACUCUUGUCAUCAAGCCUGGAUACCUAAAUAAAAUCCUUGGGACCCACGUGGUGGAAGGAAAGAACUGAACCUUGAAAGUUGUUCUCAUGGCAUUCUCAUGGCUGCACUACAAGUAAAUAAAAAUGAUACCUGAACUAUGGUACUCAGUCUUUUAGGCCAACUCUCCCAUUAGCCACUGCAGUCCACUCCCCUCUAUGGAUUCAAGUGACUGAAGAGUAAUUUUAGAAAAUGCAUCAAGCUGGGCACAGUACUACAUACUGUAGUCCCAUCACUCAAGAGGCAGACGCAGGAAGAAUGCUGUAACUUAGACUAUCCUGGGCUAUGUAGUAAAUUCCCCUUCUUGAAAUAGCCAAAAACAAAAAUGCAAAGAACAGACCUUAUUGUCAUAAUUCCCAUAAUAUAGAAACAACUAAUACCCUACGAAUACUGAGGAACAGUUACAUAAGGAUUGUCUGUGCCAGUUUUCAGGAACACAAACUCCUAAUAUUUACAUCACCUAUGCUUUUAGUCAGGAACAGUCUAAAACUGUGACUUCCCAAGUUUUAAACAAUGAUCUUGAAAUUAUGUAUUCGUUUUUAGGAAAGUUCAGUUACUCAUUGCAGUGUUGCCAAUUACUCCCUAAAUUAGAGGUUUAGAGCAACAAACAUCACAUACACAGUGGGUCGGGAAUCCUGGAGUGUCUUAUCUGGGUGGUAAGGUUGAGAUUCUCAUGUUGGCCUGGGUUUGUAGUCUAUUCUUCAAAGCUCGAUUUCCUUCCCAACUUGCUUAUGUAAAUGUCUUCAGGCUCCAGUUUCUCUUUCUGUGGGCUAAAUGGCUUGAUGACAAGGUAGAUGAUCCCCCAGAGGGAGUGGACUGAAGGCUUAGCACAGAAGCGUCAUAUUUUAAAACAAGUGGAGAAUGCCCUGCCACCUAGCCCAGGGAAUGACAUAGCAUCACACAUGCAAUCCAUUACUGGCCAUGGGGAUCUCAUCCAGUAUGAAAGGAGAUCACACAAAUGUGAGCAAACCAGCAAGCAGAGAUAAGAGAGCACAUCUUGGGACAUGGCUGCAACGUAGAGGAAGAAGGAAGAGCCUCUCGCCUGUGUGGAUAAGAGGGAACAGAAAUAGAUGAGCAGGUUACAGUAUCCCUCUUCAAAUUGCCAGCAGGGCUGUUGACUGAAGCAGGAGUGGGUUUUCAUCUCAGUUGGGUGUGGACGGUAGAGCUUGGUUGGAAACACUUAUUUGCUCCAGGCUGCCUUUGCAUUCUGAAAGAGAACUAUGCAGAAAUGUCCCAGCUUUCCCAUAAUUCACGACAGUAUCAAAAAAUGGGAAAGGUUUACAUUCCUCCAAACAAGCCAUGUCUGCUGGGCAUUCUGAUCUCCUUAUGUCAAAGUUGGCUUAAAAAAAUAACUUUAGAACCAAAGAACUAAUAAAUGACGGUGAGUUUAGCCAAAUACUGGGAAAUCUUUUGUGACUACUGAUCCGAGGUCUGCAAAGAGUGAAGUAAGUGUCCGUUUGUUGGUACCAUUUCUCUUUUAAAUGAGGUUGCCUCUUUUUGCCUUUGAUAUCACCUGCUUCUUAAUCAUCUUGGGAUUAUCUUUACCCUGUGGCGUCUGCCACACUAAGCAAAGCAUAACAGCAACCAUGCAUUUCACAUCACAGCCUUUUUAUGACAAUAAGUCAUGUGGAGUUGGUCAUCUCCAUUAGACUUUGGCAUGGAUAGACACUUCUAGCUACAUGUGAAGAAAACCUAAAAAAAAAAGUUUUCAUACUACCAAGGCAUUCAAGGGAAACUGGCUAUUCCAGAGAUUUUACAUGGGCAAAAAUCAGCUACACAACAUUUUCCUAAUGAUUAUAACAAACAACAUAUUAAGAAUUCUUAUUUUUUCCUUUGAGAAUUAAAAUUUUGUACUAAGUGACAGUGACAAUUGUUCUGGUUUAAAUCAAAGUGCCUCUCUGUGUCCCAGAGGGCCAAUUUUACCCUUGUUAAUACAAAACCCUUGAGUAGAAAGUACACAUGUUAUUUAUUUUUUCUUCUUUUCACAGCUCAUUUCCUAUUGUUGCUUCAAUUAAACCUCUCACUGAUGAACAAGUUUUGAGAUAAUUUGUGUUCAUUGCAUAAAAAUCAGAUGGAAACAGUAACACCCUCCCCAAGCAAAAGUUCUUAUAUAUUUUAUUUAUAUAAUUAUAUAUUUUAGUUCUUUUUAGAUUUUUUUGUUUGUUUUCAUAGUUAAUCCCUUUGGGGCUACUGAAUCAAACAAGCCGGGUGGCUCAUAGACAGUAUUUCUUAUAGUCCUGGAAGCCUACACUUCAGAAAGUGGGGGAUUUGGUAUCUUCUGGGAACCCAUCCUAGGAACAGCUCCUUCUAGAUGUGCCCUCCUCUUAGUAAAGAACAAGUUCUUUCAUAAGAACACUAAUCCCAGUCACGAGGGCAGAGCUCUAUAGAACCACCAAUGCCUAAAACUAGUGCCUUGGAAGCAUAUGGUUUUUGGAGAAGCACAAGCCAAUAGGACAUAACAGCUGGACAAGGGAUUUCAUUGGCUUGUGUAGUGUAAUGUGGGUGGUCUCUCGGUACCAUGUUGUAGAUCUUCUGGUCUAUUUUACACCCUGAAGAAAGAUGAAUAAAAUGCCCAGCCACUGAAGAUGGGAAUUGAGAUUCUAACCCUGGACUCACAGUCACUCCCUUAAGUUGCCCUUCAAUGUAACCACUCUGUGAAUGGUCACCAAUAACCUCCUUCCUCUAAAUACUUUGUAGUUGAUUUUUAUGCCUAGGAGCCCUGUAGUCAACGCAGUGACCACCAAUCCCUACCAGUUUUCUUUGGUGUAAAGUAAAUUUCUCCUCCUGCCCCUUUCUGCUUUUUUGCUAAUUUUUUCUUUACUCAAGGUGCCCACCUUUCUUUGCCUAUUCUCUGUUAUCCUAAGGAUGGUAGCCCUGUUUCUCUUCAGACCCUAGGUCUUGUACACUUCAGACUGCCAAUGGCUCUCUCAAAUGUGAGCCUGGAUCAGAGUCACCUACCCAGCUCAGUAAAACUCAGAUCGCUAAAUGCUCCCUCUUCAGUUUCAGAUUCUUAAGACUAGAGUGAGCUGGCAGUCAAUGCUCAGGGACUGCUCUUCGAUAAGUGCUGGAGUAGGUGUUUACAGAAACACGUCUGGCUCGCCACCACUCUUUCCCAGAUAAGUGAUCUUUGGCAAGGUUUACUCCUCUCUCUUCCUUGCCUCCAAAACAAACAUGAUAAUGAGAUCUAUCUUACAGGAUGCAUCCUAAUUAAAUGAUGUAUCAUUCAUAAAGAAGCUAACACCCGAGAUCAUGCUCACAUAACUAUUAUGAUGAGCUGCCUAUCCUAGACAAACAUGCCUGAGGUAUAUUUAAUUAAACAGCUACUCAGGAUAGAAAGCUAUUCUUCUCUCUCAUUAGAUGGACCUGCAUUUGUGUCAUGAUCCAGGCUUCUCCAGGAUGAUCUGGUUGGAUACUGGGAUGGACCUUUGGCCUACAUAGGUUAAGACACUUCCUCCCUUGAACAUUUAAACAUAUUCUUUAUGUUUAUGUGUGUGUAUUUGUGUGUGUGUGUGUGUGUGUGUGUGUGUGUGUGUUUAUGUGUGUUUGUGUGGAGCCUGGACAAUUAUGUAUCAUGUUCAGAAAUACAAUUUCCAUACAUCAGAUAGUACAAACAGAAUAACCAACCUAUCCAGGGAAUGGGAUGUUUAGAAACUCUAUUGUUGUAAAGCUUUUUGGCCUCUGUUACGUUUCCUUUCUUUCGUUCGUUCUUCCUUCCUUUCUUUCAUUCAUUCUUUUUUUUAGUCUCUUAUUCUUUUUUUUUUACACUCUGGAUUUUAUUACUCUCCUGGUCCACAUAUCUCCUCUCUGCACCUCUGUCUCCAUGAGGAUGUCUCCACCCCACCCAUCCCACCAAACCUCUAAACUCCCUGGGGCUGCCAAUCUCUUGAGGGUGAGGUGCAUCUUCUCUGACUGAACCCAGAGCCGGGUGUCCUCUGCUGUACAUGUGUUGGAGGCCUCAUAUCAGCUGGUGUACGCUGCCUGGUUGGUGAUCCAGUGAGAGAUCUGGGGGUCCAGGUUAAUUGAGACUGCUGGUCCUCCUACAGGGUUGCCCUCCUCCUCAGCUUCCUCCAGUUUUUCCAUAAGUCAACCACAGGGGUUGGCAGCUUCUGUUCAUUGAUUGGGUACAAAUAUCUGCAUCUGACUCUUUCAGCUGCUUGUUGGGUCUUUCAGAGGGCAAUCAUGAUAGGUCUCUUUUUUUGUGAGCACUCUGUAGCCUCAGUAAUAGGCCCCCCUUGAGCUGGAUCCCACUUUGGGCCUGUCACUGGACCUUCUUUUCCUCAGGUUCUUCUCCAUUUCCAUCCCUGCAGUUAGUCUGUAGUCCAACUCCCCAACAAUGAAUGGUCAGCAGCAUCUGUGACUGGGAGUCCAAGAAUCUAGGAGUGACUCAGUCCCACAAGGCAGGCAGGCAAAGAAGAGCUGACUACGUUUUCUAUUUGAUUUCAUUUAUGUGCAAUAGGUUCUCACUGAGAAGAUCAAGCUACCCUCUAACUCAAAGCAAUCCUCCUGCCUCAGUGCUGAGCUUGCAAUGCGAACAACUAUGUUACUUUCUGCUUUCAUGUGUUUAUUUAUUUUGCCAUGUUACGUCUUCGUUUUUCUCAGCGAGGUGACAGCAUGGAGGAACGUUAGUCUCCUCCCCAAAACUUGAACAGAUGCAAUUUUGCUUCCUGUACUGUCAGUGACGGUCACCGUUCAAUUUGACCUCUCCUGCAUCCAAUGUCUUCCCAUCACAAUACUGUUGAGGGUGUCAAGUCCACUCUCCUGGGAGUGAAGGUCUUUAAUUUGAUUUAAUUUGACUGAUUUAAGUCAAGUGCACAGGGGACUCACCAUGGCCUGUGAUUAGAAAGUGUUUGCCAACUAUGGGGACUCGAGCCAGACAGUGUUUCCAACCUGUCUUCCUCAGUGAGGAGAAAAAAAUUGUAUCAGAGCAGUGGUUCUUUACCUCUGGGUCAAGACCCAUGGAAUGGUCAGAUGACUCUUUCACAGGGGUCACCUAAGUCCACCCAAAAACAUUGACAUCCAUAACUGUAGCAGAGUUACCACAUCUGCAUGACAAGUUCAAGACUAGUGAGAGAAAAAAGUCCCUAGAGUUGGCUGGGCCAGUAAAGGCAUUUGUGCACCCAAGCCCGAUGCAUGAGUUCCAUCCCCUCACGGUGACAAGACAGGUGUCUUAAGACACCUUCAUAACUGUCCUCUCACCUUCAUGUGGCAAUACAUAAAUGAGUAAAGUAGAUUUUAAGAAAAGUGGACAGCACACACACAUCCCGUAAGAGAUGAGAGAGAGAAGGAAAAGGGGACCAGUCAGAUCGUUCUGUAGGUAAAAGUGACUACCACACAAGCCUGACAAUCUGUGUGCUUCCGGGAACCCACAGAAAGGACCGAAUGUAGGGUGCACAUGUGUAAUCUCAGCAUUCCAAAGGCAAGAUGGAGAAAAGCUCGGAGGCUCUCAGGAAAAGCCGUGAGUGCACAGUGCAGCUCAGAGACCGCUUGCCUCAACAAAGUGGCAGGGGAGAACGAUGGGUUUAGACCUUAUAUGGACACGAUGCCGUGUACACACACACACACACACACACACACACACACACACACACACACACACACACACUUAAAAAUUAGAAUAAGGGGCGGAAAGGUGAGAGACAGAUUGUUAAGCAGCCGCACGGGGGAGAUUUUGUAGCCUCUUGGCUUUGCUAUGUCACCUUUAAUGCGGCUGUUUCUAUGAUUUUUGAGGUAUGACUCUGGUUACUUGCCUUUUAUCUGUCUUUCUCCCCACGGGAGAGAGCAACAAAAAGAAUGGUAUUUAACCCUGCAGUUUCCUGCAGUAAGAGAGUUAUUUUUUUUUCAUCAGGAGUUUGAGGGAAAGGAUCAUAUUUAGUCAAAGACUGGGAACACCAGGUCUACAUCUCUCUUUCACCACCCUGGGUAGACUGACUUCCCACUGCUUGUGACUGAGAACUGUACCCGUGGGGUGAUCUUAUUUUGGGUUUUGUGAGGUAUCCACCCGUGGCUCCUUGUUCUCCACACAGAUAAUCCUCUCUGCUUUACUCCUCGCUCUUCAUCUUUGACCUUGGAAAACCAGGUUUCUAUUCGUCUCAACCACACCUUCUCUCCUCCUCCUUAGUUUGGCUGGAUAGUCAGGCGUGUCUCGAUCUCGCCAUGUACUACAGACAGACCUACAAUUCGUGAGCCUGCUCCAGGGGUGAGAAGGGCAGAUCUUAGGCAAGUAUUGGGGGUCAUAGCUUAAAGUCAGGAACAGCAGCAAUAGAGGUGACACUCCAGCUGCUGGGAUUGCAGGCGGCCGCGCCCCCCUGACGUUUUCUUCAUUAGGAAACUCCCGAGAGGUAAACAGUACCAGAGUCCUAUACAGAAUGUUUGAACCAGCUUUUGAGUCCCGGAUGUAUCUAGCCAUCAGGACUGACUAUGCUCACGGUACUUUCUUGGUUUUUGUUUAUUUUAAAACCCACUGCAAGGCUUUGUUCACGGUUACUGGAGGCUAGGGAGAGGUAAGGGGCAGAGGGAUGGGUACUACUCAGGUAUAGCCUGAAGAGCAAGAAGUUGUGCGUGGUAUUUCCCAGGAGGGUGUCGAGGGGAGCAGUGUGUAUCUAAACAAACACACACACACACAAAUGAACGAACAAAAAAGGUUUUGAAUGUUUUCGCCACAGAAAAAUGACAAGUGUUUGAAGGUUUUGAUGUCCGCACUGGUUUUGAUUUAAGCACUAGAUGAUGAAUAAAUGUACCCCAAUUCCACGUGGUAGUCUGUUGAACCCAGGGCUGUCCGUAUGCAAGACAAGCGCUCUCCCACUGAGCCACACCCCAUCGAUGCAGACUGGGUUUACUGUUGUUAUAUAAUCUUAUAUCAGUUAAAAGUUUCAUUUAGUAGUCGGAGCCUGGGGGCCGGCCGUGAGGAGCACUGGAGCUGCGGGUGGGGAACAUGUUGGAGUCCGAGCUGGGCAGAAAGUGGGACGGGUGCAUGGCGGAUGCGGUACUGAAGUUAGGUACUGGUUUUGGAUUAGGAAUUUUCUCCCUCACCUUCUUUAAGAGAAGAACGUGGCCAUUAGCCUUUGGUUCUGGCGUGGGAUUGGGGAUGACCUACUCCAACUGUCAGCGUGAUUUUCAGGCUCCAUAUUUUUUUCUACACGGAAAAUAUGUCAGAGAACAGUGUCUUAUGCUGAGAACAUCCCAGCGGGAGGAAAGAGAAACUGUGUUUAUUUCUCAGGAAUACUGAAGUGUCCUGGAGUGCGCUGACAUCCUGUGACAGUGCCAUCAACUCCAGCCACUGUUUAUGUGUUUGAAACCGAGUCUGUUGCUUUUGUAUCAUCUCUUUGGAAAUUAUAAGGAGGUCUUAAAUAAAUGAAAAACAGGAAAAAAAAAAACCCACUGCAGCAUUCAGGGGAACUAAAAUGUGAUCAUCAUCUCCCUUAGGCAUCAGGAACCAGACUUGCUGGGAUAUAUAAAUAUAACAUUUCCAAUGAAAGAGCUAUGGGCACAGGGAGCCAGUCUUUUCAUACAGGACUUGCUCUCAUGAUAGCUAAUAGUUUCUGGAGCAGUUAACAAAGGAGGCAAGAGCUUCCUGCCUGCCUCCCUCCCUCCCUUUCUCCCUCCCUCCUUCCCUCCCUCCCUCCUUCCCUCCC